UCCUCUCCGCCUUCUUAUCCGCGCUGGGGAUUGUAUCGCCUCAAUCUCGCCCUGUGCUCGUGCAGCCAAAGCCGUGCCGAUGGUCGAGUGAGGUUGUUUUCUCUCUCUUCUACUAGUUAUUCAUCAACAAAACACAUCGUGUGUGUGUGUGUUGCUACGUUUGGAGGCCAAACGAUGUUGCAGCAGCAGCAGCAGCGGAGGCAGCAUUUGCUGCUGCUGCUUUGAAGCAGGCGAGGCACAUCGACAAGCCAAGCGUGUACCCACAGGGUGCCCGCGGCCAUGCCCGGGAAAUUGAAGGUUAAGAUCUUGGCGGGGCGCCAUCUGCCCGUCAUGGACCGCGCCAGCGACCUAACAGAUGCUUUUGUGGAGGUCAAAUUUAGCAACAUCACUUUUAAGACGGACGUAUACCCCAAGUCCCUGAACCCGCAGUGGAACUCUGAGUGGUUCAAGUUUGAGGUGGACGAUGAGGAGCUGCAGGACGAGCCUCUGCAAAUAACAGUACUCGACCACGACACGUACAGUGCCAAUGAUGCCAUUGGAAAGGUUUACAUCGACAUCGACCCCCUCCUGUCCACCGAGGCUGCCUCCCUCAUCUCGGGAUGGUUCCCCAUCUACGACACCAUACACGGAAUCCGUGGCGAAAUCAAUGUCACCAUCAAGGUGGAUCUUUUUAACGACAUCAAUCGCUUCCGCCAGUCAUCGUGCGGAGUCAAGUUUUUCAGCUCAACGUGCAUACCACGGUGCUACCGUGCGCUGGCCGUGCACGGCUUUGUGGAGGAGCUGGUGGUGAACGAGGACCCCGAGUACCAGUGGAUCGACCGCAUCAGAACCCCCCGUGCCUCCAACGAGGCUCGCCAGCGCCUCAUCUCGCAAAUGUCUGGUGAGCUUCAGCGUAAGAUUGGCUUGAAGGUGCUGGAGAUGUUUGGCAAUGCCGUUGUGGGCUACCUGCAAUGCUUCGAUUUGGAGGGCGAGUCUGGCCUGGUGGUCCGAGCCAUCGGCACAGCCUGCACCCUUGAGAAGUUGGCAAUCGCCACAACCACCGCCGCUCCUGGCCAGCCCAGCCCGCCUGUCCUCGCUCUGCUCGGCCAACGACGGGUCAGCCAACUUCAAACGCCAUUUCCGCCCCUGUCAGCUGGCGCCACCAACAACAGCAACGCUCCUGGCACCGGCGUCCAGUUUCUGGUUGGUGAAUCCAGCCCUGGGCCGCAGCAGCACCAGCACCACCAGCAGCAGCAGCAGCAACAGAGCCAGCCGACCCCCAUUCCUCGCGACACAAAGGAGGCCCCAUUUCUGGAUGAGGCAGCGCUCCUGAGUCAGUCACCGCCAUUAUCGAGUCCUCAAAAAGCACAAACCACCAACUCGUUUUCUCCUAUCAAGUCCUUCAGCCGACAGUCCUCCUCCUCCGACACUGAGCUGAGUCUGACCCCCAAGAUGGCGGGUGUCGGCAGUGGCAGCGGUGGCCGGGAUGGAAACUCCAUGAAGAUGCUGAGUCGGCAGCACACGACCGCUACCAUGGACCAACUGGAGUUCCCCUUCUUCACCCUGACCUCCUUCCCACCCGGGUUCCUCAUCCACGUUGCCGGCGUAGUGAGCGCCCGCUCGGUCAAACUGCUCGACCGAAUUCACAACCCUGAGGAACCUGAGACACGGGACGCCUGGUGGGCCGAGAUCCGGCAAGAGAUUAAGUCUCACGCCAAGGCCCUAGGCUGUCACGCUGUAGUGGGGUACAGCGAAUGUACCAGCAUAUGCGAGGAGGUGUGCAUCCUGUCAGCGUGCGGCACUGCGGCCGUACUCAGCCCCCGGCUGGUACAGGACAAUGGGGGCCGCGCACCGCCGGCACUGGGGGCCGCCACCGCCGUGCCCCCCGCAGAGGCGGCGCGCCUCUCGUGGCAGGCUGGCAUGGGCGCCAACGACGGGCGGAGGGACGUGGAGCACCACUCUCGGCAAACCAGCCGCGAUGGCGCCGCCACCCUGCAUGGCCCGGACGAGUCGAGCUGCAGCUUCUGCCACGUGCCGUACGACGAGCUGAACCUGCCGUUCCCAACGCAGCUGGGGCCGUGUGGCUGCUGCAAGCGCCACAAAGUGCCCGACUUCCUCUUCACCACUGUGGACCCCCCCUCUGAGCUGCCCAUAAUUGGCAAGGGCUGUCUUGUGCAGGCCAGGCUGUGCCGUCAGAAAAAGAAGGCGCAAGGCGAGGUGAAUGCAACGAGCAUCAGCAACCUGCUGCCCUUCAUGGAGUACGAGCUGCACACGCAGCUCAUGAACAAGCUGAAGCUGCGCGGCAUGAACGCUCUGUUCGGCCUGUGUGUGAGCGUCUCCAUCGGGGAGACCAUGCUGGUCGGCAUUGCCUCGGCCACGGCUGUGUUUGUGGCAGCGCUGCCGCCUCCUGGUGGCCUCCAUGUGGCAGGGAAGAGCCCAGAGCCCGGGCUCGACGGCUACGUGAGUGGCGUGCAGAAGAGGAUCAACGAGGUCAUCGCCCGAAACAAGGAGCUCUACGAGAUCAAAACACCUGUGGAGAUGGAGGAUCCCCCUGACUGGCCGAUGCUGGAGGUUCGAAGGUAUCGCGUCUUCCGCUCGCAGUCGGAGAGCUCGGAUGAAACGUUGGACCUCGACUUGUCCCAUGGCAAGAAGGAUGCCUUCGUGCUCGAGAUCGACGACGCAGAUGCGGAAGAGGACAUACAGGCACUGCUCACCGACACCCCCACGCCGCUUGGUUUUUACAUCUGUAAUACGGAGACCGUUCCAGGUGUCAUUUCUCUCACAUCUGACCUGCAGAUGUUUUCGGCAGUGCGAGUCUACCGCAUGCAGGAGGGUGCCAUGACCUCUCAGCACCGCAACAAAGCCUUCAACGACAUGUGUGAGAGCAUGCUCAAGAGCCUUUACUUCAAGCUCAGAUCCAUGAUGCCAUGCUGCCUAUGCCACGUCAACUUCUCCGUGUCUCUGCCUGAGGACGAGCUCAUACAGGUUACGGUGACGGCACUUGCGGUCUCCUUCCUGCCCGACACACCCAGGCCACUGGAAAGGAUGCUUCAGAGAGGCUCUUUGGAUGCGGACGAACAGCUGCAGUUCUCUAUGGAUCUCAGCUCGGACGUGCAACGCCUUGUCACCCCAUCCAACCCCACAGGCAAUGGAGAGGAGCGCUGCAAUCAUCCCACAUCUCCCGACAGAGUGGCCUCGCUCGAUUACAGUUCCUUUGCAGACCGCUGCAGCAGCUGGAUUGAGCUCCUGAAGAGCAAGGCUCAGACUGCUCGCCGUGGAUCCAUGAGGACAACGGCAGGUGGCGAGAGGGUGAGCCCGUACGGCGAGGGGCCGUCGCGCCAUCGCUUGGGGUCGCGUGCCCUGGCCCACCCGCUGGUGGAGAUGACGCCGCUCUCCUUCCUGCCCGGCUGCCGCAUCACCAAGUACCUGGGCAUCAUCAACGUGUUCUUCAUCCGCGAGACGACAUCGCUUCGCGAGGAGGGAGGGGCGAGCGGCUUCCUGCACACGUUCAUCGCCGAGGUGUUCGCCAUGGUGCGCGCGCACGUGGCCUCGCUGGGCGGAAACGCCGUGGUCUCGUACCGCAUGCGCGAGUGCGUCUUCUCGGAGAACCCCAACAAGAACCAGGCCCAGUGUCUGAUUAACGUGAGCGGCGACGCCGUGCACGUGAUUCGGGAUACGGAAGCGGUGCCCGAGCCCGUGACGCCGUGGCUGUUCAGCCAGUCCGAGGCCUCCCAACAGCAGCAGCAGCAACAACAAGCUGGUGACACGGAGACCUAACACGGACGAGCACACCCACACAUUUUGUCUAACGUGCCCUGUUGAGCCCAAUCGACUGGUUGGGACAAGUGAUACCAGCAAGCACCUAUGUAAUCCAGAUUAGCACAUGUUUGUGGUGGGAUGGUGUGACCAAAACCAUGAUCGUGUGGCUAUUUGUGACAUACACGGAUGUUGGUCAUGAAUGCACAUGCAAUCAGAUGUACGUACGUGUACAUCGGGACGAAGGCUUUUAAAUUAGAACAUUGAGGACUGUACGGCACAUGAGAUGGUGGGGUAAAUCCCAUGCACGCCUGGGGAUUUAUCUCAAACACAGUACUUAAUGUUCAUGGUAGUAAUUUCUUUCAAUCUGAAUUGACAUAGGGGAGACCCAUGCAUUAACAGGAAUCAAGCCGGCUUUACUGGAUUUAUAACGCGCAGUGCUAACCGUAACAUAUUCACUCACGGCUAAGAGGCGAUUGUUAACAUUUGUGCACACGAACAAAGCGUACACAUAUACUAGGUGCUCAGGCAUAGCCACUAUUACUAUACUGCAGACAAACAGCGAGAUAUCCGAAUUAAUAGAUGUGCAUGAAAAAAAUGAAACUAACAGCUAAUCGAGCAUUCCGCUUCAGCUCGGUUGUAGUUGUAAAUAUUUGAUUACUGGAUAAUCGUGAGAUAUACAAGAAUACAAUAUUCAGCGGGUGUUAUUUUUAUGGUUUAUAGCAAUUUUUAUUAUUGUUUGGAAUCAUUGUACACUCACUUUGCUUGCACGUCAAGGUGGCUUCCUCAUGAGAUGAAUCUGUAUUGGAUGAGUUGGGUUUAACAUUAAUCCCGCGGCACGUUCUCACACACCCAUUAUCAAUUUAAAAAUCGCGACGCAGGACAGCUUCGUUCAGUUUUAAAGUGUCCCCACUUAUGUAUGCCAUCAUCAUCAUGUGCGAAUAUACCAACUUUUAACCUGGAUAAAUAGCUAAGGCGAGUGAUGACGGUGCGCACCAAUUUGCAGUGGUUGACAGCAGCCCGUGGUGGAGCCGUGCUGCCAGCUCCCUGCAUGCCCAGCCUCAUGCACGCCCAGCCUCCUCUUGUCUCCCCAGUGCCUGUGUUGACCCCGACGCAAGUAAUCGUUAUGCGUUUGGUGACUUUUACAAGGCAGAAAAGGAAAACGGCAGAAGCAUGCGUCUCUCCAUUGCCUCGCUCGCCACAGCCACAAAAACGGCUCCGCCUUCAUGUUGUUGCCGCCGAGUGUGGAUUUUUCAUUCGUUUGAUAGUCAAUAUAUGCAAAGUGUCUUGAAAUAAAUGUAACGCAAACAGCCGAUUGUUUUUGUCGCUGGGACCGUCAAUCUUGACCGCUCACCAACGUGUUUUUUGGGGGUUUUUUUCCCCGUGUGUUGUGCGGCGUGAUGUCCGACGUUUUUUCUCCACAUGCUGGGAGCGUCUUCAGAAACGGAAAUGCAGAACUUGGCUGAACAACACGUGGCACAGCCCGAAAGCACACUGGAGAGUUCAACGGCACAGCCGUGAAAACCCACGCAGUGGCAUCAGACAUUUGUGUGAUCCUGUUUAAAGACAAGUGACAGGAGGAUAGGGUGUUGAAACCAUCAUGUCAAUGGUACUUGAUUUCUUCUUUUUUUUGCUCCAAGGGCAUUAUGAGCCCACCAAACUACUUGGAUGCCUUAUUUUGUCAGCUGUGUGGUGGUGAUGGCGCGCCAGUGUGUAAUUACAGUCACUUGAAUUAGGGAUGGGUGGAUCGUGUCCGUAUGUACAGUAAAACCUUGGAUUGCGAGUAACUUGGUCUGCGAGUGUUUUGCAAGACGAGCAAAAAUUUAAAAUAAAUAUUAAUUUGAUAAACGAGCGAGGUCUUGCAAUACGAGUAGUACGUGUAUACGCUUUGUCUGCCGAGCGUCACGUGAUCACAACUGAUAUACGAGUACUUUGAUAUACAAGUGCUUUGGAUUACAAACACGUUUCCGGAACGAAUUAUGCUCGGCAAGCCAAGGCUUUACUGUACGUUGAACUUCUCUAGCACCGUACAUGGCCAACUGUGUUAAUCGGAGGUGCGGAUCAUGCCACCCACCUGCGGGACAAUGUGGUGGAGCCCGUAGAAUGCCACAAAACAAUUCGUUAUCCUGUCUGUGCAAUAGAAUUUGAGUGCGGCACCUACGUGUGGGGGUUUCCCCUGGUCACCCCAGCUUACUCCCGUCCGCCAAAAAAAUACCCAAAAAGCUAUUGACUUAACAUUCCAGAGUUGAGUCCUCCAACAACCUCAUCGGCCACGUUUUUGUCCGAGUAAUAGCACAUGACAUUGCAUCAAGGCACUUGUUGCUAUCCAAAGAGUGGUGCAUUGAUGUUAAUUGCAGUAAAAUUUGAUUAAAUUUAAUUGAUGUAAAAUCGUGAGUUUUUUUCAGUACCCUUUUACCGAAACGUCAUGAGGACUGGAUUUACUCGGAAAUGUUCCAAAUGCAACCUCCCAUUCUGCUCUGUAAUUGCCAAAUCAAACGGUCUUUCUACCCAAACAAGCAUUGGGGUAGCACUCAUCUAUCAGCAUGGGUGGCCAUGAGCCAUUUAUACAAAUUCCAUAUUCCUAUGGCUAAAUAACCUAUACCUAUAGGACAACCACUGUUUUCUUCACAUACAGUGGUACCUUAUCAAUCCUAGAGGGAUGAUGAUAUGAGUUGACCCCAUGCUCCCUAGAUGGCUGAUUUAAUUUCACAUCAUUGCUUAUGCCCAUGUCAAUAAGCCACAUGAUGACAGAUUUAUAAAUGUAUCAAAAUCAAUGACAUUACCCGUAGUUGCUGGGCCUAGGUUAGAUUAUAAAAAAAAAACAGUCGGAAACACCCCAGUGUGAUCUACUCCAUUUCCGUCAAACCUUUCUUUGCCGGUGCACAUCAUUCAUGAGCCACCUCUUCAGAAAAAACAGAUUGAGAUCCUGAUUUGCAUUGAUUUGGAAAUACUUAGAGCACAGCUGGUUUUACCUAAUGUAACAUGUAGGUGUAAACGGAGUUAUUGAGGCUCCCAAACAAAAAUAAAGAUGUUAUACAGUCAUGUGUGUAUUGAUCAGAGAUUAAUUACACGCUGAAUAUUUUCUGAAGUCUGCGUGAGCCACGGUGACUAGUAGCAACAGCCAUAUUGAGAGGUAUACUUGGAUGUGGAGUGCCGGGUGUGGAAAUAUUUUCUGGGUCACAGACCUGGACAGACCCGGCUGACAUUAAUCCACAGUAUUUAUACUAAUUUUCUGUCGGGUGAACUCUAUAUUUUUGGGUGCAAAGUCAAAUUUCUCAAUUCCUGAUGUAAGUGGGUUUAGCUGGAAUGUUUGCAUCCCACAGAACACAGGUACUUUGUUGUAAAUAGCACAAAAACAAUUUAAAUGCAGUUCUACGAAGCAAUGCAAAAACAGACUUGAGCUGCAGACAAAUGCAUUUAUUUUAUUUUUUUUGGCAGAGGUUUUUAUGACUUAGCACUCCACGUUGCUUUUGAGUUGUGUUUCAUGUCCAAUAUGCAAUCUAUGCAUGUGUAGUGAAAUAAAUGUAACCCAAACGACUCAUGUAUUUUUUUCGGUAGUAUAGUCAAUAGCUGAGACCACCAUACUCGGUAUGCUUUCAGCUUGUAUUGUGUUUUGUUCGGCAUGAUGUCUAAUGUUUUGCUCCACGUGCUGGGAGCUUCCUCCGUUCCUGAAGUUCAUCAAGAGGCUUCCUAUCACGUGGGUGAAACAUCGAACCUCAUGCCGAACAACACGCGAUAAACCCGAUACAGCACACCCUCAAAAAUUAACACUGUACUGUGUAUAGGAUUAUUUGUUAAGGGCUGAAUUUUGUUUUAUUAUCUUGCAUAUGCUUCCGGUGGUGGGCGGCCUGGUGGUGAGCACACUCAUCAAUGUGUUGUUAGUUUGCAUAGAGCAAAUGUGCAGACUACUCGUGCUAUAGGGAGCUGGUGCAUCAAGAAUGUCCAUGACGUACUUAGCUGCGAUUGCCACUGAAAUUAUUGGUUCUGUUAUGAACGAGUGAUCUCGCAGUGAAGAUUCCAACGAUGACCCCCCAUGUUAUGCGGUAAAGACCAACACUGACACAUGGAAUAUUUUUAAGUUAGGCCUAUCCGUCUACAGUCUGCACAUUAACUCUUGACAAACCAUGAUAAUCUGUGCCACAACCUGAACUAACAUUUUUCUUCAUCCAAAAUCAUUAAAUAUCCCUAACCCUGAACCCAAUUGCUAAUAAGAGACUUAAUUCUAGUUUUUGUUCUAACACUAAUUCUAGACCAAACCCUGAUUCUAGUACGACCCACGAUCCAUACUUUAACCCUAGGUUCUACCCCAAUCUAAUUUGUUUUUAUUUUAUCCCUACAAGAUGAUCCUUUUGGUGUGUUAACCUGAUUUAUUGGCAACAAUCCCUCGUGUGAAUCCGUGCCCAUGUUAAGAAGUGGAUAGUUGUUAAAUGUUUUGUUCCUGUCACUUUUCAAACUGAAUCACACCGUUGUUCACCAUCGUAUAUUUUUGUUUCCAAUCGGUACGAAACUGCACAAUUGCCAACUUGCAUUUUGUUAAGUAAAUGUAUUUUUGAUAUUUAAAAAAUAUUAAUUCGUAGUUGGUACUUGUGAGACGGGGUAGCGUCGUAUCGGUAACCACCAUCGUGACUGCUGUGUAUAUUAGUAUUGUAAAGAAUUUAAAAGGAAAAGAAAUCAGAAUUUCACACUCAUUUCAACUCCUGGCAUGAAUGAAUGAGAUUCUCUGGCGCUUUUGAACCCAACGACAAUGUAUUAGUCUAUUGUGCGAUGCACCAAAUACAUCAAUGUAGCACAGGUUCUGCUAGAAGAUGCACAUUAAGUAAAUCUGUCGUAUAAUUUCAACAUGAGCGUGGAUACCUAUUUAAGCUGCAAAGAUGUCCUCUAGGUUAUAAAGGUGCGGUAAUAUUGUUUGUGGAUCUUCUGAGUAUCGUUUUUUUACGAGAAUUUUUUCCUUCACAUUUUAAGCGACGUUACGAGCUUCAGAUGGCAAUUUUCGCAAACUUUUGGGAUUCCAUGCUUUUAAAAUGCAAUUUUAUACGUGGAAACCUUCAAACCCUUGCUCAACGACCCAUAAUAUGCAAUAUUUUUACGUCUCAACACGUUUCUUGACUGCCUUUUGGUUGUAUUUUGAAUGUAUACACAAAAUGUGUUGUUCACCAUUAACGUCUCGUCAAAUUACACACUGGUGUAAAUAAAUAAAUACGCCUAUCAGACAUCAUAGGAAAAGCUCAUUAAACCAGGUGGCACUUACAUUGCCUCGGUAUGGCUUGCAACAUAAAAGAUUAAAAGUGACGCUUAUAAAGGCUGGAAGUUGAAACAUCUCAUUGCCCUGAAUUGUGUGAAGUGUCGAUGUUUGUACGGAUUUAUUGUGCUGUGGUUUUUUAAAUCUGUUAUCUGUCUGCUGACAUGGCCGUCUUCUCUGGACAUCAAUGCUGGUAUUAAUGCCGUUUUAAUGCUAAUACAAUGCAUGUCUGAAACAAACAAACACAUCUGUUCAACAACAAGUUACUUAAGCAAAUGUAAACUCAGUGUCACCAUCUCCCUUGAACAUCCAUGUACAUUUGUGGUUCGCAGCCAGUGGAUACAAUUCCAAGUACAAAAUGGAACCCAUUACCUUCUUAACCAGCGGUUACUUCCUGGCAUCAAGUGGCAUGUACUUGCCAGGUCAAGUUGACCUCUUUAACCCUCGGGAGAUUAGACGUGUAAUGAUAAUUUCAACAGUUCAAAACCAGUUGGCCUUGCUCAAGAACUAAAUAGUUUCAAGCAGAGAUAUCAAAACUAUAACACUGGUCACAAGGAAAUGCUAGAUGCAAAACCAAAACGGACUUGAGGUCACAAAGGACCCACGUGUAAAGUAAUUCCAAAGCAAAUCACGGAAAUCUUGCAGAGGAGCAAGUCUCCAUUGUUGACUUAAGAAUAUGAUCUCCAUUGUUGUUUAUCCCUGGCUAUAUUAUUUUAUAUUUAUAUAGAGCGCCUUGGUUCACUAUGUUGUCAACGGUAAAACUAAAAUGUUGCAUUGAGUGGAAAAUUGUACGUACAUGGCUUCGUCUGUUUUGCAUUGACCGCUGAGUGUGUUCACAGUUGGCCAGGCAUGGUAAACUGGGCUGGUGGGUAUUGGUGGUAGAGUGAUCCAUGUGAAGUGUGGAGUUGUGAACGUAUUGCCAGGGCUGAUAGUCAAGUGUUAUCUUGUGGGCGGGGCGUUCUGUUUUCUAAAUAGCUUUGCUGCAUUCGCCACUUGAGUCCCAAAUACGCCAUGCAAUAGUGCUCGCAAAAAAAAGCUUCCAUCUGUCAGCAUAUCAUUGCACAUUUGUUUUUUGGCGCAGAGAGCAGCACGUCACACACUUCCGCUCAUCGGUGUUGGUGAUCCUGCUUGUGGCUGUUAAAAUAAUAUCUGUGGCGGCAUUUCUGUUAAUCAGAGUGCAGUGUCUGCUGUAACGUGGACACUAAACGUAUAUGUGAAACUCAAUAGGUAAUUGCUUUUUUGUAUGACAGUGUUGGCCAUCAUGUAUCACACGAAGCGUCAAUAUUCAACGUAGCAGAGUAAUGGAAAUUGAUUGUUGAUUGUGUAAUUAUGGUACAAAUUUCAGAUGAUUGUGGUCUCCACCUACAGCAGAAGUGCAACACAAUUGCUUGGUGUUUGAAAUCUAGCUGGAUUACCAGAUACAGAGAAAAAUAUAGCUGAAUACAAUCUGUACAUUUAAAUGUAAAACUUCAUGUUUGACAUAAUUGCACAAUGCCUUGCAUGAAAGGCAGCGGCGGUCAAAAUGUUUAGUGAACUAGAUAUUAAAAGUAUUUCCAUUUGCAUCUUUACGUACGUACAUUUACAAUUCGCAGUGAUUGUAAUAGCGAUGCAAUGAAUGUGUAAUAUAAUAAAUAACAUUUGUAGCCAUUUAGUGAAUUGCCAAUUUGCCACUAACAUUGGUGUGUCCAUUCUCAAGAGUGAUCAAGUUUGAAGAGCUUGCAUCGGAUUAGAUGACGUACAUCAUGCAUAGGUCAAAGCUUGUGUAAAAAAAUGUAUUUCUAAGUUGAACGCAGUUUUCAUCGUAAACUUUAUAUUGUCAACUCUAGAAAUAAGCAGAGCUGUCGGACUGAUUUUUUUGUAUUCUGUAAAUAUGUUUCGAUGUAUGUGUAUAUAUGCGCUAAGAAAAGAACAACCAUUAGGGUCUUCCGAAUUCAAUUGGGGCUUUACAAAUGUUUGACCAUCUCUCCUUAGUGUUGAUUAAUAACCUUGAUUUUCUUCACGUUUUUCACAUUUUGAUGCAAAGCUACAGAUCGUAAAUAAAAAAACAUUUUAA